UUCAAUCCACGGUCCAAAAUAUGUUAUGCUUUACUUGUAAAGCAAAUCGCAAUCCGAGGGUGGGAAUAUAAAAUCCGGCAUGAUGAAGAAAACGACUGGUUCACUUUAGUUUGAAAAAUGAAAAAAGGUCAACCAUAGCCUGUCUUUCACUUUACUUAACUGUACAACGUUCCGAGUGCGACAAUCUUUCUCUGACAACCCCACAGCAACUUGCGUUGACGUUCUUCAUUUGGCGUCAAUUUCGAGCGAAUUGCAUUUCCCCAUAUUUACGAGGAAUUUGGGUUUCAUUUGGGUAGUUUGGCUUCAUUGAAUUCGGGGGUGAAUGCCAAGGGAAAUGGGUGGAGUUGCAGAGACGGCGGCCUGAAUUCCGUGCCGCUUUUUAUCCACAAUGAGCCCGUGCGUUUAGCUCUGCUUUCUUGGCUCUAUUUUUGGGCGGCUACAGGGGUCGUGCGUAUGUGAAGAGGUAAGUAGGAUAUAGUCGGGCAUUUGUUCCAGUAGAGGAAUUUGUUGGAUUGUUGAAUUGGAAUUUUUUUCAGUGAGGAUGAAGAGACAAAGGUCGUAUAGUGAUGAUUUAAUGGAGGCAGAUGGUAGCGGAAAUAGUAAGGAAUGGGGGCGGAGAGAACAGGAGGGGACCAAGAUGCGAUCGCUCAAGGGUUUGGACUCGACGGCUACCACUUGUUAUAAGAAGAGUUACAGCAGCCGUGGAUUUAACUAUGAGAAGGAUGAAGCGAGGGGGUCUUCGAGGAAGAGAAUGGAAGAGACCGAGGGUUUUGAGCGACCCAGAGAUGGGUAUGCUAGGGUUUCGUCCCGGAGGGACUCAAACCCUAGAAGAACAGAAGCCCCUCGAUCGAGCCGUGAGAGCGGCGGCGGGUACAGAGAUGGCGGCGAUUCUGGUAAGGGGAGGCUUGAGCGCGGUCGUAGAUCCAGCAGCUUUUCGGUGGGCUCUGCGUCCAAAAGAGAGAGUUACGAGAAUCUUAAGUUUGGGGCGAAGGGGUUUAGGUCGGAGAGGGAGAGGCCUAAGCGAGAUGAUCUACGGUCUUAUGGGAUGGAGGGAUCCGGCAGCCUGUGGAAGAGAACUAGUGAGGACUAUUACCACAGGAGAGGGAAUGGGAAUGGGAAUGGGACUGGGAAUGAGACGAGCGGCGAGGACCGAAGCAACGGGUGGUCACAUGGUAUUGGGCUUUCUAAGUCGCCGCAGGGGUCUAAGGAGACCGUGGAUUCUUUUAAGGAGUCAAGGAAAGGUGAAGGGGCUAUCAGUCAGAGUAAUAGUAAUAGUACUAGUGAGAUGGAGGAAGGGGAACUAGAGCCAGAAUUGGAACCUGAGCCAGAGUCUAGGGUCUGGCAACACCAUGAACAGGAACAUGAGCAACAAACUGGACAGCUUAAACCAGAUACAGAGGGAGAGGGAGAGGCAGAGGCAGAGGCAGAGGCAGAUGCAGAGGCAGGGGCCGAGCAGCACCAGGAGGAGCUAAGCUCCAAGGGGAUCCAGGAAGAACACGGGGACAUAUCUGCUGCCGAGGCAGAUGAGGGGAUGGCCACGCAGAUGGAUGACUCAAAGCAUACAGAUGGAAAAGUCGAUAAAAAAAGAGAUGUCUUGUUUGGAGAUGGAAGCCUUGAUGGGGACAGAAAAGAAGUGGGAAAGGGAGAAGAGUUGAAGCCAGUGCUAGACCUUGACAAGACCAAUGAGGGCGGGGAAAACAAUGAUUUGGAGAUUUCCCCUAGAGUGAAUCUUUGUUCGGAUUCAGUAGCAAGGGAUUUAGAUUCGGCAGGGAAGAAUGUGACCGUUGAUGAGGUAGUGCAGGAACUCAAUCAAAAGGAGACAGAACAACAACCUACAGCAGGUUGGGGAAUUGAAGAGAGAAGGGGUGUAGAUCUUGAAGUAGAAGUGAAGAUGGAAACAAUGGAAGACGCUUCGGAUGAGAUUGAGAAAGCUGAAGAGAAAUCAAAACGCAAGGAAUUAACCUUCAGUUUUAUGUGCGACACACCAAGGCCUCUUGGGGAUGUUCAGGAUAAGAUAGAUGCAGGAUCUAGAGGAGAUCGUACGUUGAAAUCUAUCAACAGCCUAUUGCCGCAGGAAGGAGAAGAUUUGGGCAAAGAUAAAGAUCAGAGAUUGUCUCUUUCUCUCUCAAAUGGUCCUGGUGUUUAUGGUAAGUGGGAUGAAAGAGCUUUGCUGUUGAGCAAUGAGAGGAAGAAAAAGGCCCCACUGGAAGAAGAUCUUGGCGUUGGAGGCAGCAGCAGAUUUCAGAGGGAGCCCCAAAGCAGCACUAAAAUAGAGGCAGGCAGGUCGGAACUAUCCAAUGAAAAACAAAAACAAAAGAAGGCUAAGCUGGAGCCUCUGCAGCUUUCUCUGGGUUUGCCAGAUGUUUCAUUGACUCUUGCUUCUCCUAGCAUAAAUGUGGCUCCAGCUUCUCCUUCCAGGGGAAGAAGCUAUCAGUCCUUAAGUCAUACAGCCCAUACAAUUCAUACAGCUCACACCCAAACAGGUUCAGAUGCAUUCACUACGUCUAUAUCAUUCUCAGGUUCUCAUCCAUUUGUUCAUAAUCCCAGCUGCUCUCUAACUCAAAACUCAAUGGAGAAUUAUGAGUUUUCUGUUGGUAGUCAUCCUGCUUUUCAAGCAAAUAGUGAUCAGGUAUCCCAUGGCAAUUGGAAUGCAAAUUAUCCAAAUGAGCAAUCGUCCUAUGACAAUAAUGGUUUAGUUGGGGUUGCAUCUCAGGAUGUGUUAAAACAACGAAGGGAAGCAUCUUUGUAUCAGAGAAUAUUACAGAAUGGGAACUUGCCGGCUACUCAAUUUUCUCAAGGCAUGUUUGGCGGAAAUAGUAAGGGACAGCCUUCGAAAGAUAGGGAUCCGACUACAUAUGAAAGAGGUGCAACUGAUACUAACUUUCAAGGAAACUUUGCAAUGACACAAGGACGCCAUGGAAGAAGCUCAGAAGGAAGCUUAGGUAGAAGCAACAGUGUAGAAAGGCACGCUAAGUUUUUAAUGGCUCAAGGAAAGCAAGCACGGAGUUCGGAUGGAAAUUUAGGCAGAUUAAAUGGCCCUGAAAAACAUGCUAUUUUCCCGAGAGAAUUACCAGAACAGUGGAGAGAGGUCAAGUCCUCUCCUACACAGAGUGUGGGUUCACGAGAAAAAGGAUCUGAUCAGUGGAAGCAAAUUAUUAGGGAUAGCAAUAAGUCAGACAGAGAGAGGGCAUCUAUGCCUCAAAGAGGCUAUACUGGACGGGGCAUAGAGCAUUCUAUUCCAGGAGCUGUUCCAAGCAUCGAGAGGGUUCUCUUUGACAUUGUUUCUGAACCUAUUCCAGUUAUGAGUCAAAAGCUCAAGGAAAUGCCAGCCAAAAUUUUAGAUCAUUUGAGGCAGUGUUCCGGGGAGUUGAUUGGUAAGAAUGAAAAGGCUGAAGAGUUUUUCAGUUUGCAGAAAAUAUUGCAGAAUAGGACUGAUCUAACAUCGGAGGUACUAUUGCAAGCUCACAAGGUUCAGUUGGAGAUUUUAGUUGCCGUAAAGACCGGGAUAAAGGGAUUCAUACUAAAUAAUAACCUUCCAUCGUCGGAGCUUGUUGAAGUCUUUUUACAAGUAAGAUGUAGAAAUAUAGCAUGUAGAAGUGCUCUUCCUGUGGAUGACUGUGAAUGUAAAAUUUGUUCUCAGAGGAAUGGAUUCUGCAGUGCAUGCAUGUGUCUUGUUUGCUCAAAGUUUGAUUUUGCCAACAAUACAUGCAGCUGGAUUGGCUGUGAUGUUUGCUUGCACUGGUGUCAUACGGAUUGUGGCAUUCGCAUGUCAUAUGUGAGAAAUGGUCCAAGUGUAAAUGGUGCGGCAGGGACCACGGAGAUGCAGUUCCACUGCAUUGGUUGUGAGCAUGCUUCUGAGAUGUUUGGUUUUGUUAAGGAGGUAUUCAGAACUUGUGUUGAGGGUUGGGAUGUUGAAACUCUUGCAAAAGAGCUAGACUGUGUGAGGAGGAUUUUCCACAGAAGCGAGGAUCCAAGAGGAAAGCAAUUAUGGAACAAGGCGGGGCACAUGUUGACAAAGCUGGAAAGUAAGGCUGAUCCUGCAGAGGUCUGUAACAGCUUCAUGCUAUUUUUGUCUGAAUGUGAUACCAAGGUUACUGGAACCUCUUGUGUUACAGCCAAGGAUCCUGUUCAGUCAAAGCAAACUGAUACUAUCAGUCGAGUGCCUACUGCUGUUCGAGAAGCUGUGUACAACAUACCAUCUGGUUCAGGUGAGAAGAUUGGGACAUCUGGGGCUUCUGAGAGAGCUCGCACUGGUCUUCAAAACUAUGAUCGGGAAGCUGAAGGUAAGAGGACAGAAGCUACAGAGAUGCAAUAUAAUAGGACAAGGAAUAAGGCUGAGAUAGAUGAGUUGGAGAGUAUUGUGAGAAUUAAGCAAGCUGAGGCAAAGAUGUUUCAAGUUCGUGCUGAUGAUGCUCGUAGAGAAGCAGAAGGGCUUCAGCGGAUCGCAAUUGCUAAGAAUGAAAAGAUAGAAGAAGAAUAUGCAUGCAAGCUAGCAAAACUAUGUCUUGCUGAGGUUGAGGAAAGGCGUAAAAACAAGCUUGAAGAGUUGCAGAUUAUAGAAAGGGAUCAGCGGGAAUAUUAUAACAUGAAAAUCAGGAUGGAAGCAGACAUCAAAGAUUUGCUGAUGAAGAUGGAAGCGGCAAAGAGACGGUUUUAGAUUAAUGGCAUUUGGGAGAACAAUCAGAAUAGCAUCACGAGAGGCAGAACCCAUUGCUUUUCCCCAUGCAUAAUUUGUUUAUUCUUAGUGUAUAGAAAAGCAUGGCUGAAAUAUGUCAUGCCCUUGUACUAUUAUAGUCAUUUUAUCGUAACUUUUGUAAACAAGGAAAAGUUAGCAUACGCUGUAACUAGUUAAUACCUAUUUCUUUCUCCCUGUCAGCAACCUUUUAAAACCUGUGCAAUGAAAAGUUACAAUCUGACAAAUCUAACGUUUGCAACCCCAUAAAAAGGGCUAAUUUUCAA